AUGGUGGAGUAGUUUUUUUUUAAAAAACGAGCCCGACCUUGCUCCAACUCCCUCGAUUCCCUCUCCCUAUUCGCGUUCCCCACUUCCGUUCGCCGCCGACACCGCGUGCGCUCUCUCCCCCCCUCCGUCUCUGUCUGCGACGACUGGGUGGGCUACCGCUGCCGCCCUACCCAUGUGCUGAGGCUUCUGCCUACCUCUUCGCCGGCGAAGAGCGCCCAGCAGUUGAAUAUUUGAUCAGCUAUUGACUUCGCUGCUGGCCUGUUUUCUCCUUUGGAGACCAAAGAAGCCAUGGCGGGCCGGGAGGAGAGAUAUGUGAGGUUUCAUGACUGGAAAUCAGAGCAAUCUGUUUCUGUUAUUUCAGAUAGGGUAGUAUCAGAAAAAGGGCAUAACAUCUUUGGCUUGUUAAAGGACAGAACAGCAGGAGCCUUUUCAUUCCUGGGGAACUCUUCACAUUCUGAAGCCCUAAACAAAUUAGGCCUAGGGGAGAAGUCAAAAACAAAAGUUCUUGAUCCUCAAGGGCCAUUUUUGCAGAGAUGGAACAAGAUAUUUGUGAUAUCAUGUCUUUUUGCAGUUUUUGUGGACCCAUUGUUCUUGUAUGUCCCAGUAAUUGAUGGUGGCAACAACUGCCUGUACUUGGACAAGAAGUUAGAGACCACAGCAAGUAUCCUGCGCUUUUUCACAGAUAUCUUCUAUUUACUCCAUAUACUGUUUCAGUUCAGAACAGGCUUUAUUGCUCCCUCUUCUAGAGUGUUCGGUCGGGGUGCCUUGGUUAAGGACACAUUUGCAAUAGCAAAGCGAUAUCUAUCAACAUUGUUCCUGGUGGAUUUCUUAGCGGUUCUGCCCCUCCCUCAGGUGUUUGUGUUGGUGGUGCUGCCUAAGCUCCAAGGUCCUGAAAUUAUGAAGGCAAAAAUUGUACUGUUGGUUAUUAUUAUUUGUCAAUAUGUGCCUCGACUGCUCCGAAUAAUACCACUUUACCUUCAAAUCACAAGAUCUGCUGGCAUACUUACAGAGACAGCAUGGGCUGGUGCUGCUUUCAACCUUAUAAUUUAUAUGCUUGCCAGUCAUGGCUUUGGAGCUCUUUGGUACAUUCUUUCCAUCCAGCGAGAAGACACCUGUUGGAGACAAGCAUGUAUCAAUCAGACUGGCUGUGAUCCUACAUCUUUGUACUGCGGGUAUCAUUCACUUGCAAAUAAUUCUUUCUUACAAAAUGCGUGCCCAACAAAUAGCACUGCCAAUCCAGACCCUAUAUUUGGAAUCUUUCUACCAGCUCUCCAAAAUGUUUCACAAUCGACGAGUUUCUUUGAAAAACUAUUCUAUUGCUUUUGGUGGGGGCUACAAAAUCUAAGUUCCCUUGGCCAGAACAUGAAAACAAGCACUAAUACAUUGGAGAAUCUGUUUGCUGUUUUUGUCUCGACAUCGGGUUUGGUUCUAUUUGCACUACUUAUUGGUAAUGUGCAGACCUAUUUACAGUCAGCUUCUGUGCGUAUCGAAGAAAUGAGAGUGAAAAGGCGUGAUACAGAGCAGUGGAUGGCACAUAGGCUACUCCCUGAGAAUCUAAAGGAUCGGAUUAUGCGCCACGAACAAUAUAGGUGGCAAGAAACAAGAGGGGUUGACGAAGAGGGCCUUCUUAAAAAUCUUCCAAAGGAUCUUAGAAGAGAGAUAAAGAGACAUCUUUGUUUGUCACUUCUCAUGAAGGUUCCAAUGUUUGAAAACAUGGAUGAACAGCUGUUGGAUGCCAUGUGUGAUCGUCUAAAGCCUAUGCUGUACACAGAAGGAAGCUGCAUCAUUCGCGAAGGUGAUCCAGUGAAUGAAAUGCUCUUCAUCAUGAGAGGAACACUAGAGAGUACCACAACAAAUGGUGGGCAAACUGGUUUCUUCAACUCUAAUGUUCUAAAAGGUGGAGACUUCUGUGGUGAAGAGCUCCUCACGUGGGCCCUUGACCCCACUUCAGCUUCAAAUCUUCCUGGCUCAACUAGGACAGUGAAGACGUUGUCUGAAGUCGAAGCUUUUGCUCUGAGGGCUGACGACUUGAAGUUUGUUGCCACACAAUUUAGGAGGCUCCACAGCAAACAACUUCAGCAUACCUUCCGGUUUUACUCACAGCAAUGGAGGACCUGGGCUGCUUGCUUCAUACAGGCAGCUUGGCACAGAUACUGUAGGAAGAAGCUGGAAGAGGCUUUAUAUGAGAAGGAGAAGAGGUUACAAGCAGCAAUUGUAAGUGAUGGCACUACUUCGCUCAGUCUCGGUGCAGCGCUCUAUGCUUCACGUUUUGCUGGCAACAUGAUGCGGAUCUUACGGAGAAAUGCCACCAGAAAGGCCCGUUUGCAGGAAAGAGUACCUGCAAGACUGUUGCAAAAGCCAGCAGAACCCAACUUCUUCGCUGAAGAUAGCUGAACUUGUACCCUGUAGCAAGCAGGGAUUCAUGGUCCAACCGGUGAAGUUUGUGCAGAAGUUAAGAUUGGAUGCUGUAGAUAGACAGAUCAGGUGCUCUAAAGCCGUCUGGUUUAAAUCACCUAAUUCGCGAAAAGGCCUGGUCCGAGUUAGAUUCUCCGUUGAAAUAAAUUUGAAGCUGACGUUAAAAAAAAAAUCCGCUUUUGCUCCACGUUAAAUUCUGGCUUCCAUAGUGGUCGGACUAGGGUGCUGAGAUAAGGGUAUUGAGAUUUUUUAGAUCUGUGUGAAAAGAUUUUCUGUAACGUAAUAUCUGAAGGCUGUCUUAUCCUCUGUAGGUUAUUUUAAAAAAAACACGUAUAUUUCGAUUGUAUACAGGUUUCAUGUAUUAUAAACACUCUAAUUUACCUUGUGCAUUUGAAAAAAGAGAGAAGAUGCUGUGAAUAUAAUCGAUUAA